AUGGACCACUCAAGUCAUUUACAAGGUGGUAUGAAUCAUGGAGAUCAUUCAAUGCCAGAUAUGCCACACGAUAUGUGUUCAAUGAAUGUAUGUGCUUAGUCAUUUAUCAUUUAAAAUAUUCAAUACUGACAUAAUUUGUAGAUGUUGUUUACUUGGGAUUGGAAAAAUUCAUGUAUAGUUUUCAAAUGGUGGCACGUUAAAACAUUUCAACAAUUUGUAUUAUCGUUCUUUUUAAUCGUUAUAUUUAGCUCCCUUUAUGAGUUUAUCAAAAAUUGGAUCCUCACUUGGGAAUAUAAACAAUCAAAUAAUUUACUCGGUUCAUCGUCUUCAUCAAUUACAAAUCAAAGUACAGUCAAAGUUAAUGAACGUCGAUUCAAAAUUAAAAAAUCAUUAUUGUAUGGUUUACAAGUUUUUUAUUCAUUUUUAUUAAUGUUGGUUUUUAUGACUUAUAAUGGUUGGUAUAUGAUUGCAGUUGCUUUAGGUGCAAGUUUAGGUCAUUAUAUUUGGGGUGGUGUGAAUAAUGAUAGUUCAAUUAGAAAUAUGUCGUGUCAUUAG